GCUCCUAAGCAAGCAACGCAUGAUAAAUUGUGGAAUUUGCGAGGAGACUAGUUGUAGCAGAAACCGAAAAUGGGUUGGGUGUGGAGAGACGACGAGCCUGCUGAUGAAAUCAGCGAAUAUUGGAGAGGCCCUGAUUCAUCCUCUGGGAAGGUGUGCUCGACGAGGAAAGUGGUGAAGUCGCAGUGCAAUACGGAGGAGGUGGAGCCUGGAAAGUUCCUUAGGAAGUGCGAGAAAACUGAGGAGAUUCUCAGAGAAUGCCUUGGAGAGCCUGUUGAAGUGCUGAAGUCCAACAAGGAGUACACUGAAGAUGAUGUUACAGACCUGGUGGUUAAAGGGUCUUCUUCACUAGGCCAAUUUGAAAACUUGCCAUUCGGCUUACCAGGGCUCCGAAGUGAUAUUGAAGGCAUUGAACGACACUUCCUUGGUGGAAUCAAUAGAUUUUUUGACGCAGCUGAACAGUUUAAGAGUAGCCUUUUCGAUGAUUUUGGGGACUCGUACAAGGAGAAUCCAUCCUGUCCUCCAUCUAUGAGGAGAGGGAUACCAAUUGAAGACUAUCCACAAAAAAGGGAGGCCUCUCCUAAACAAAGGGGGACUGAUACUGGUAAUGUUGAUCUUUCUGGUUUAGCUAGAGAUGUCUGAGUUGCUCUGUUGAUGAUUUGCUCGAGCAGACAAUUGUUGUUCCCUUCCUUUUUCAUGUGACUAGUGAAACAUGGCUGCCGGAGUUUGUGCUGGAAUCUAAAGUCAUAUUCUCUUGAAUAUGAAAACGAAUUUGCUUCUCAUUGAUAAGUUGAAACUAAGGAUGAUCACUGUGGUUAAUUUGAUAGAUGAUUUUCAUGAAGUUAAUUAUGAUAUGAUACUCUUAAUCGCUGUA